AGCUCUGGGUGAACCUCAUAACUAGUCACAGCCUCAUCUGCCAAGCUGCCCAGCAAGUUGGGAGUAUCUUUGCUGCCAUGCCGGUGAUGCCACUGCCCCAGCCAGAGGCGGAGCACUACGUCAUCCAUUCAGAUGCCAGCACGCCCUCCGUGGGCAAGGGGAGCGCAAACAGGAGGGUCUCCGCGUCGGUGCGGCGGCGCCGAAGCGAGGUGGAGAGGAAGUCUCCGCUGCCUGAGCGUCGGCGCAGCCUGGGAGUGGCGGAUGGACAAGGCGCAGCACUGGUGAGCACGCAGCGGUCAGCCUCCGUGAAUGUGCGGUCCAGUCUAGGCCGGGAGACGUCGCCCACACGGGAGAGGCCCAGCAGGCCAAAGGAGCCUGAGACCAAGGAGUCCAAGCCAACUGACGACGCUUCGCCCAAUUCGUUGCGCCGGGAGAUUGACGUGCUGCGCUUGCAGGUUUCGACACUGCGGGAGGUGCAAGAGCAGACGGCAGAGAUCCAUUGGAAGGUCAUCUCGAACAUGGUGGAGGAGCGGAAUUUGUGGGAGAAGCGCUGCCGCGAGGCCGAAGCCGUGAAGACAGAGACUGCUGAGGCAACAGGAGCCAGUGUGCCUGGUGGCCCUUCGGUGACUGCGUCGGCUGCUCCCUCGGAAGAGCUGCGGCCGGAGCGGGAGACGCUGAGAAGUGUGGUGCUCCACGCACCGAUGCUGACGCCCAGCUUCUGCCGCGGCGUGGUGCAGCCGCCGAAGAUGGAGGUCCUAAGGCAGAGUGUUGACAAAAUGACUUGGCCCACGCGCUACACACUUCCGACGAGCUCGCUGUGGUGUUACAGCCAGGGACUGGAAGGCCUGGCCUCGCGCUCGCAGCCAACUCCCCAGCUGACACCACAGCCGACACCACCCAAGCCACAGCCACAGGUGAUGAAUUGUGCCAGGCCAGAAUCAGAAGCACUGCCUGCCUCUAGUAGUGUGUGUGUGUGUGUGUGUGUUUGUGUGUGUGUGUGUGUGUUUGGCAGCUUGCCUGACACUAGGCUGUCUGACGUUCCGAUGAUCCGCAGCGCAGUCCGAAUGAAUGCUGCUACGGUCGCAACACCGCCCAUCCCCGGUAAGGAACCAGCCGACUUGGUUGCCACUGAUGCAAAGGUGCGGCAAGAGAUACUGAAGGUGCCGACGCCCUGCAGAAGGAGCCUGGAAGGAUUUGGCAAAGAGAAUCAGGGUCAGCGACGUGAGGUGCUCUGCUCUCGCUGUGGGGCUCGUUCGGAGCUCGCCCAGUGAUGCUUCACUUUUUCCAGGGAUUGUGGCCCUGGUGAGAGGGUUGCUGCAAAAUUUUAAUUGCGCAUGUGGCAACUGUGGAUCCAGUUGCCCAAGUGAGCCGCGGGUCGCCUUGUUUUUCGUUGCACGAGCGGCUGCCUGCGCAGAAUUGAUUAGGUAAUUCAUGCCAGAAUUCGUUCGCCUCAGCGGCGGGAUCUUGGAACCCGACCGCGAAGCACGUAGGAAGAUGACUUCGCCGAGAGGAUCUCGUAGUCUUGUGGGGGCGAGUGC